AUGGGCAAGCUUAAUUCUUCUUUAGUUCUUCGUUCAAUUGUUAUUGGUGGAAGGGAUCUUUCUAAUUUUCUCUCUACUCUUUCUUGUUCUGUUGACACUAUUGCUACCCACAUCGAGGCUUUAAGUCGAAUUGAUUUUGGGUUAUCUGUUUUGGGGAAAAUGCUGAAGUUAGGUUUUGAACCUAAUGUCAUAACCUUUUCCACUUUGAUUAAUGGACUUUGCAAACAGAGUAAGUUUUCUCUGGCUGUGAGUUUGUUUGAUGAAAUGGUUGAAAAAGGUUAUCAACCUAAUUUAAUUACUUACAGUAUUAUACUUAAUGGAUUGUUUAAGAUCGGCAAUACUGAUAGAGCUGUAAGGUUUUUAAGGAUGAUGAAAGAAAGAGGUUUCGAACCCGAUAUUGUAGUAUAUGGCACUGUCAUAGACUGUUUUUGUAAGAAUGGUUUGUUGAAAGAGGCUCUCGGUCUCUUCUCCGAAUUGAAGGCUAAAGGCAAUAAACCAAAUAUCGUUAUUUACAAUUGUUUAAUUCAUGCUAUGUGUAAUUUGGGCCAGCAAGAGGAGGUAAUAAGGCUUUUGAAUGAAAUGAUGGAUAGCAAUAUUUCACUUGAUGUUAUCACAUAUAAUAUCUUGAUCGACUCAUAUUGCAAGGAGUGUAGGAUUUCUGAAGCUAUAGAUACCAUUUACACAAUGAGAAAGCAAGACAUUGAGCCUGAUGUUGUCACAUAUAAAUAUAUUGGUUGA